AUGAUGAAGUCGUUCUUUUCUAGAGCUGUCCUCGUAUUGGUCACCGCCUCCUCGCUUGCAUUCACGAGUGCCAGGUCAACAUUCAACAUCAACCCGUCAUGGAAGCUACAUGUUGGCGAUGUCAGUGGUGCCGAAAGCACCUCCUUUGACGACAGCACUUGGUUAGAUGUUACCUUGCCCCAUGCCUGGAAUGAAGACGACGCCUUCCUAGUCUCCAUUGCAAACCUGUCCACUGGUAUCGCGUGGUAUCGAAAGACCUUUAUUCCUCCUUCUGGUGGAAAGUACUUCCUCGAAUUCGAAGGCAUUCGACAAGCAGGAGAGUUAUAUCUGAAUGGCGAGUUCAUUGGAAGGAGUGAGAAUGGAGUCAUGGCUUUUGGAUUUGAUAUAACAAAGUUGACCGUUCCCAACGAGGAAAACGUCUUGGCCGCCAGGAUUAACAACAGCUACGUCUACCGCGAUGUGACGAACAAUGGCAAAUUCCAAUGGAACAAUAUCGGCUUUUACGCCAACUACGGCGGGAUCAACAAAAACGUGUAUCUGCACGUUACAGACCAGCUUUAUCAAACCCUUCCCUUGUACUCAAAUUUGAAUACGACAGGUGUCUAUGUCUACGCAAGCGAAUUCGAUAUUCUUGGUAAAUCUGCGACCAUUACAAGUUCUUCCCAAGUUUAG